AUGUUCUCCCGCCUCUCCCAGCUAUCUCGCCAUCUCCCCUCGGCCUACAUAAUCGCAAAGCCCGUCAAGCCUGCCGUUCCGGUGUCCGGUCUUGCCCGUAGAAUCAUGGUCUCAGCCGACGAGCGAAACACCCGCACCAUCCACACGGCGGCGUGUCUGAUCAUCGGCGAUGAAGUCCUCGGUGGAAAGACCAACUCAGCCUACAUGGCCAAGUGGUGUUUCAACCUCGGCAUAAACCUGAAAAGAGUUGAAGUCAUUGAGGACGACGAGAGUGAAAUCGUCGAAGCUGUCCGGCGGAUGAGUGACCGCUACGACUUCGUCGUCACCAGUGGCGGCAUUGGCCCAACGCACGACGACAUCACCUACCAGUCAAUAGCCAAGGCUUUCGACCUGCCCUUGGUCCUCAACCAGGAUGCCUUUGAGCGCAUGAAGAGACUCUCUAAGCCGCACCCCAACCAGCCCGAUUUUGACUGGAACGUUGACUCCCCCGCCCUUCAGGCCAAGUUGCGCAUGGUCAUCCUGCCUACUGAUGAAAAGCGUGACGCCAGCAAGCAGUUUCUCUUCCCUCACGAGGACCUCUGGGUUCCCGUCAACGUUGUCAACGGCAACAUUCAUAUCUUGCCCGGCGUCCCGCGGCUCUUUGAGAAGCUCCUGGACGGUCUGAAACCCGGCAUCGUCCCCCGACUUACGGAUCCGGACGGCAAGGGUCUUUGCCGCGUGCUCAUCUCCACCCCGCUUCCGGAGAGCGCCGUCGCCGGUUACCUGACCCAGCUUGCCGCAAAGGUGGAGCCGAAGGGCGUCAAAGUCGGCAGCUAUCCUCGGUGGGAGCAGAACGGCACCGUAACCUUGGUCGGAAGGGACCAGGCUUACAUCGAGAGCAUCGUGGAUGAGGUUGUCGCGGGUGUCAACGGCAAGCGUGUGUAUGUGGAGGGCGAGGAUGAUUCAGCUGCCAAAGCAGACAAGCCUCUCGAGUAA